AUGGACCGGCCCCGGCCCCGGCUCCAGUCCCGGCACCGACCCGGGUCUCAAUUAUUAGCGCCGUCACCGCCAAGCAGGUCCGAAACAUCGCCAUCCCGGCAAUCAACGACAAAGUCACAUACCGGACAUCGACGACAUCAGACUUCACUCACCACAUCUCUUUGCCUGGCUACCCUGGCGGCGGCAGUACCCGUGUCAGCCAUCACUCUUCCCUACACAACCACCACCAUCCUCCUUUCUGGAUCGCAGUCACUUCUCUCGAGCAACUCGGACAAUCAUGGACUCGCAUACAUCUUCACUGCUAAUGGGGACAACAAUGGCGUUGACUUGCUCGCCAUCAACACCUCGUCGACGUUGGAUGCGGAUUCCUUCAAGCCGAUAACGCUAACCUCCGGGCUACCCUUUGUUACCAAGUCAAAGACGAGCGGAUUUGCGCCAACAUUAUUAGAGAAUGGCACAUUGGCAGUGCUAGCAGGUGAUUGUGCUGCCGGAGCCACGGAAGAGUAUGGAGACGAGGAUGCCAUUCCCGCAGUAUGGAGUUAUGCGCCCUCCUUCGAAAAGGACGGUGAUCCCAAAGGCGUCUGGACAAAACACAGCACCCAACAGAACCUCAAGAAGGGCAGUAUAGGGACAGGACCAGGAAUCCCCUAUCUCCUCGGCUCCUCGCUCUCCUUCUCCUCACAAAUCUACCCCUCCAUUUCCGAUCCCGUCAUCUACAUCUACGGCGGCAUGUGCCCUUUUUCCAACUCUACAGCUUCGACAUGGCAGGCAUCUGCCCAUUACUCGAAUCGCAUGCUCAAGAUCUCAUCUCUUUCCUCAGAUUCUUCUGGAGCAACGCCUUCAACUCCGACCGGCGGCGAUGAGGAUGACGUUGUGCAACCGGAAAACGACAGCAACGACGGAACCGACUUCACCAUCUCUAAUCCCCAACUGGGCGGACCUCCCAUCCCGGAAGCCGGCUUCACCUUUACCUCUCUGGUACCGAGCAUCACGAACAGAUCGGGCAUCGUAACACAACAGACCUCUCACGUGCUGCUGGGUGGACACACGCAGCAUGCCUUUGUCAACAUGAGCACUGCGGCUAUCUGGAGCUUGCCCGCAGAGACCUGGAGCUUUGUGUCGAUUAAUCCACCUGCGGAGGAACCAGCCGGAUCGUCAUCUGGCAGCGAGCAGGCAGAUCUGGUUGUUUUGAACGUACACCAAAAGCGGUCCAAGCUGAAGCAAAAGAGAGGAGGAGUAACGACUGUGGAUAGCAGAUCGGGACAUUCAACCGUGUUAAGUGAAGAUGGAGGCAGUUUGGUCAUCUUGGGAGGCUGGGUAGGGGAUGUGUCGCAACCGGCGGAGCCACAGCUUGUGGUAAUCAAGAUUGGGGCAAGUUAUGAUGAUUGGAGCUGGGAGAUUCCGGAGGACGACCAUGCACAGAUAUUUGAGAAGGGAGAGGGGCUUUACGGCCAUGGUGCUGUGGUUCUGCCAGGGAACGUCAUGAUGGUGUAUGGAGGGUGGGAAAUCAAACCGCCCAGGACAGCAUCUUCCAAAGCAAAGGUCAAGAGGUGGCUCAACUCCUUUCUGGGUCUUGCCGACAGCAACAACCUUGAGAAACGACAGUCGCCUAUCGCCACGACGAGUCCGAGAUUUUUCAACAUGACAUCUCAGUCCUGGGCGACAACCUAUACUAACCCGCGACCGGAUUCGAAUGGCAAUCCGACUGUCGAUAUCCCUCCUACCGCAAGCGAUCCAUCUGAUUCUUCUAAAGUCAGCCCAAAUCUCGGACUUACCCUGGGAUUGGCACUCGGUCUCGGGAUUCCGCUCGUAGCCAUUAUCUUCACAGUUCUUUUCUGCCUGUGGCGUCGACGACAACGCCGCCGGGCUCAGCGCGACCAAACCAUUCGCAGCUUGUCCAUGGGCAUGCCUCCUAGUGUCUACGGCACAGCUUUUGGCGGUAGCAUUAGGCACAGCAUCAGUGACUGGGGCGAGAACCCAUCUAGUUACACCAAUUAUGACAACGAAAUGGCCGAGCAAAGAAGCAGUGGGUUUGGCUUUCAGUUCCCCUGGAACACGAAUAACGACUCGAACGGACAGGGCACUCGUUCUCUGAGCGGUGGGUAUCAAGUUGUUGGUCAACCAGGGCACUACCAGCCAUCCGGUCCACCAGCUGCUAAUAGCACCGGGUCCGGAGUCGGCAGGUUGCGCAACGCGAGGGGACUCUAUAUCCCUACUAAUGGUAUGGACUUUUCACCGCCAUCUGGAAGAGGGAUUGCGAAUCCUAAUGGGAUCCACCCCAUCUACGAGGAGGCAGACGAAGAUGACGAAUACAACGAGAAAGAUGGAGGAGAUCUAGGGGCGUCCGGGCGGCUGAUCAGUCCUGAGUAUGACGAUGACCCGUUCAUUACCCCUGCCGGAAGCGUAUUACGGGCAAGCGCUGUGGCCAGCACGUCAUAUCCGCCAACUAGCAGUGGGAGCGGAAGUGGAAGCGGAGGGAGCAUGCAUGAAGAGAAGUCAAGCCCUGGCUUACCACCACCCGAGAUCAUAUCCUUCUCUCCGAAGCAAGGGCAAGAUCAAGACCCAGAAGUUCGCGGUUGGAAGACGGAUGUGGACGUGGCGGACGCCGUGCUGGCCGCUAAAAUCAGCCGGCAUGGAUCCGUUACCACCACUCACCGGGCAGCUACCGCUGCUUCGCUUGAGGCUGCCACGCACCAGCCUGUAUCACCUACCAGUGCUCGUGCGAUAACAUCACCCCCACGGCGAGCAUCGAAUAAGUCCACCAAGUCGAGGAGGGCCUCUAACCCAUUGAGUAAGAGCACGUUAGAUAUUUCGGACGACUCCCGCGCAGGCAGCGACCAUCGCACGGGAAGCAAUCUGUCCGACAAAAGUGCCUUCAGUUUCAUCUCGGGUAGAGAACAUCAUCACGCAUCACCUCUUUCUCCGGCCCAUCACCAACUCCGCGUAGCGGCCGCAGCAGGAGAGAUUCCCAAGCCAGGCAGUUCUGGCAGCGGCAAGUCUGGCAACAGCAGCCACUCAGGAAACAGCGGCAGCAACCAUUCACUCGCAGCCUCCUCUGCCUCUAGUGGGUCCCAUUCUGGUUCGACAGCCUUCGCAUCCGCUCGAUCCAACCUCCCUACGCCUACUCCCAACUUCAACUCCCUCCAGGCCGAAGGCGCUGACCUUCUUUUCCCCAUGUCCGGCGGGUCAGGCGACAAUGAGCGUCCGGGUGGGGAAGAAGGUGGGGAGCAACAAGAGUCCGAAGAGGACUGGGAACCAAUCCCCAGCUCGCCGUCCAAAACCCGUCGGAACUCCCGUCUCGACUCCCGUCCGCGCAGCUGGCUGGGCAGCCUUAAGCGGAUGCUCAGCGUCAGCGGAGGGUCGGGCGGAUCUGGCAGCUUCGGUGGCGACAGCAGUCCGACCAAGGAGAGCUUGUUGCAUGGUAACGAAGCUAGUGGCUUCGAUAACCAUCAUCUCUCCCUGAUCGGCCUCAAUCCCGGCGCUUUGGGCUUGGGACUGGUGAGGCGGAAGCAAGGCCGUGAGGCCUGGGAUAAUAACGGAGAGGAAUCGUCGGCUAGACAGGCUGCCGGGGGAGAAAAUAACAACGCCACGGGAGAAGGAGGCCAAGGAGAUGAUUGGGAUGUGGAGAAGAUGGUAGAGCAGCGGUUGGUACAGGUCAUGUUUACUGUACCCAAGGAGCGCCUGAGGGUGGUCAAUGCGGAGAUUGAGCGCGAGGAGUCUAUCUUGAUCUGUGAUGUCAAUGAGGAGGGGAGCAGGACCAGUAGAAGCGGUACUCCCAGCAGUGUUGGAAAGGGGAAGGGGAAGGGGAAAGAACGGGCCGAGGGACAGGUGCCAGAUACUAUCGAAAUCAUUGCUGGUUCGAGCGUGAGGAAGACAUCCGGCGGUAGCCAACAACAGUCAGAGUCGGACUCUGGGACCACCAACCCGAUGUUGACACCUGCAUCAGAAACCACCGGUCAGGAUCAUCCUCAGGUCUAUCUUCACCCAACCGGGAGCCCUACCCGCGGACAAACUCCUUCACCAUUACCUCUGCUGGAUCUGACCCUUCCAUCACCACUAACUCUUUCCCUGUCACGUUCUACCUCGCCAUCACUCUCGCUUCAGCUGCCAGAAUUAUCCCAGCCACAACGACAACCUGAGCACUCUUCAGGCUCCUCAUCCCUCCAACCUCCUUCUCCAACCAAGUCCCGCACGGCCAUCCGCAACCAACCAAGCACGCACGGUCUCAACCCCACCACACCCUCAUCUGAGGGAUCCGGCCUAACACCAUCAGGAGAAAACAACAGUACCCAAGUCACUCCCUCGCCGUCGCCUUCCCCCGAGAAGAGCUACGGCCGUGGUGGCCACGGCCGCACAAAAUCCAUCGCCCCCUCCGUCCGCUCAACCUACAGCGUGCACUCCCUCCGGAGCAUAGCAAGCGGCGUAUCUGACACCGGCACCGCGACGCUGCACGUGGCCGAGGCGGUCAAGAUGGAGAGAGUGUCGCUGGCUUCGGUGUCGGAGGUGCGGUCGUCUGUUGAGGCGUUGGCUGAGGUGCAGCAGCAAGCACGAGAGUCAUCACUCGAUUCUGAGUUACUUCACUCGCAGUCUUCGCAGUCGCAACCGCAGCCACAACCAAUGCAACCUCCGCCUCCGCGCCCAACCCCGUCUCCUGGUCCGGGUGCUGCGCUGUCCGGAGGACCCAGAAGAACCAGGACGAGGGUGUUGGACUUGGUGGAAAAGUUUGAGAGUGUCGGAUCAGGCGCGGCAGGAAGCCGGGAAUCCAGUCCAGCGCCGUCGGCGGUCAGUGGAAAUAGUGGUGGCAGUGGUGGACGGCCGGGACUAGCAAGGAGGCAGACUGGAAGCUAG